UCCUCAGGUGAGAGCCGGACAUGGAGCAACAGGUGGGGCUCGGCGCCGUCUCCCUGCUGGGGGUCCUGGAGCAAGCCUACUUCUCCCUGCAGGUCAUCUACUCCAGGAGGAAGUUCUCCGUUUCUCCUCCUGCCACCGACGGACCUCCGGAGUUUGAGAGGAUCUUCAGAGCUCAAGCAAACUGUUCAGAGUACUUCCCCAUCUUCAUCACGCUGCUGUGGACAUCCGGGGUCUUCUUCAGUCCAGGCCUGUCCUCCGUCUGCGGCCUGCUCUACCUGUACGGACGCCUGCAGUACUUCUGGGGCUACUCCGAGUCUCCGCAGGGACGUCUGGCUCCUCUCUACUUCAGCUCCCGGGUUCUGUGGGUUCUGAUCGGGUUCUCCGCCGUCGGCGUCCUGAUGGCGUUCUGCCGGGUCUACCUGGGCCUGGACCUGCAGGAGGUCGUGCUGCACCUGCUCUGAUCCGGGGACGACUCAAGAAGAAGAAGAAGAACAACAACAAGAAGAGGAGAGGAGAGCAGCCCUGAGCUCAAGUCUGCUAAUCAAUAAUAAAACUGAUCACAGCC